AUGGCCGUCGGAGGAGGCGUGUGCGUGGCGUCGUCGUCGGUUGAGGCGGCGUGGGGGAGGAGGACGAGGACGACGAGCGGGGCGCGGCGCGGCGCCGCCGCGGCGACCAGCAUCAGGUGCAGCAUCGUUGGCGAGGCCGGGCCGGGCGCCUCCGGCGGGCUGGCGGAGAACCCUUACCGGACGCUGCGGCUGCGCCCGGGCGCCACCCGCGGCGAGGUCAAGAAGGCCUUCCGCCGCCUCGCGCUCAUGUACCAUCCGGACGUUCGCAAGGAGAGGGAGAGCGAGAGCGACGGCGACAGCGGCGUCCAAUUCCAGAGGAUUAACGUGGCGUAUCAGAUGGUGAUGCGCAGCAUGAGGGAGGCCGACGAGCGGCUGGAGUACUGGCGGCUCAAGUACGGCCUCACCGACGAGGAUCUCGACAGGUACAGGCACCACCUCAACCAAGAAGACGGCGACGACUGGUUCGACAUGUGA